CAUCGUAGAUUAUUAAUAUUUUCAUCCGUUACAGAAAAAACCCCUUUUCUCAAAAAGCCUCGUUGAAACUUUCAUUCAACAUCAAUCAAUAAUCACCCAAACCCUAACAAAUUCCACCAAAAAAACCCUCAAUUCAUCCACCCAAUUUCACAAUCCCACCAAAACCCAUCACAAAAUCCCCCAAAUUUUCAACCAAAUCGGUGAUGGGUAGACCGUACACAGACCCAUCACGCCCAUCUGCACCAUCAUCAUCAUCCUCCACAACGUCAUCACCACCGGUGCUGACGACAUCAAUGUCAGUUACAGAAACAGUGAAGGGAGAACACAAUUUCAAGAUAUCGGGGUACUCGUUAUCGAAGGGGAUAGGGAUCGGGAAAUAUGUAGCGUCUGAUACGUUUACGGUGGGUGGGUAUUCAUGGGCGGUGUAUUUUUACCCGGAUGGGAAGAGUGUGGAGGACAAUGGGAGUUACGUGUCGUUGUUUAUCGCGUUGGCGAGUGAAGGGUCGGAUGUUCGGGCUUUGUUUGAGUUGACUUUGGUUGAUCAGAGUGGGAAUGAGAGGCAUAAGGUUCAUAGUCAUUUCGGGAGAGCGUUGGAGAGCGGGCCCUAUACGCUUAAGUACCGCGGUAGCAUGUGGGGAUACAAGCGGUUUUUCAAAAGAUCCGCUUUAGAAACAUCAGACUACCUAAAAGACGAUUGCCUUCAAGUUCAUUGCUGCGUCGGUGUGGUCAAGUCCCACACCGAGGGUCCUAAGUCCUACUCGAUUCACGUGCCACCUUCAGAUAUCGGGCAGCAUUUCGGGCAGCUUCUGGAACAUGGAAAAUGGACCGAUGUCUCUUUUGAAGUAAACGGAGAAACCUUUGCUGCCCAUAAAUUGGUUCUCGCAGCCCGCUCACCUGUUUUCAGGGCCCAACUUUUUGGCCCAAUGAAAGAUCAAAACGUCAAGUGUAUCAAAGUUGAAGACAUUGAAGCCCCGGUUUUUAAGGCGCUGCUGCAUUUUAUAUACUGGGAAAAACUGCCCGACAUGGAAGAGCUAACGGGCCUGAAUACAAAAUGGGCUUCAACUUUGAUGUAUCAGCAUCUGCUUGCAGCUGCCGAUCGAUACGGUUUAGAGAGGCUUUGUAUGUUAUGUGAAUCUAAUCUUUGUGAAGGUGUCGCCAUUAAUACAGUUGCAACAACAUUAGCAUUGGCCGAACAACACCAUUGCCUCCAGUUAAAGUCCGUUUGUCUAAAAUUUGUCGCAUUGCCCGAGAAUCUCAGAGCUGUGAUGCAGACCGACGGGUUUGACUACUUAAAAGAAAGCUGUCCUGAUGUGUUGACGGAGCUGUUGGAACAAGUGGCUAGAAACAACGAGCAUUCUCUAGCUGUUUGCAGUCACCCAAAUGCGAUUAUACUCGAUGGAAGUGAUGUUCAUGGUAGACGGGUUAAACCCAGACUGUAAUUGUAGACAUUGGUCUAGCGUACUUAGAAACUCGUGUCUGUUAAUUAGUGGUCGGUCAUGUAUCUGUUCAUUGUGAAAGGUUCGACUCGUUUGUUUGUGUUUUUGGAGUUUUUAUGGUGGUUGAGUUUUAUAGUUAUGCUGGAUUUGAACUGCUUAUGGAUUGUGGUCUAUGCAGGGACUAUUUCGUCA